AUGGCGACCGCCCGCACUUGUGACCAGCUGGUUCCCCUGCCAUCUCCCAAGCGGCCGGUGGGAAAUUACUGCCGCCACCUAUGGAAGUUUGUUUUGCCUUUUCGAUUUUUUUGGUCGAGUGAUCUAGACCAGUUUGAAAAGGUGAAAGAAGGUACUAAGCCAGAUGAUCUGCAAUUGAUAAUAUCCUUGUUAAGAAUGGAUGGGGAGGAUAAUCAGAAGAGAGAUGAUGUUGAUGAGAGUUCACAGAUAUUAGCAAAAGACUCCCUCAGAAAGACGCCAGGAGAAGAUGCUGAAUGUGCCCCUUCAUCUCAGCAGAAAACAAGGCCCGCAGCAGGGGAGGUGUCCACGGACCUCGAAAGGAAAAGAGAAGAGAAAGACACAAAUAAAAGGGCAUUGCUAGAAUCUUCAAACUCUGACGUUUCUGAAGCAGAUAGACCUGAAAAUGUCUCCAGAAAAAGAAAGCUGAGUUCCUCAGAACACAUGAAAGAUAGUGAAAGGAAAUUACAGAAGGGCCUACUUGGAGAAGCAGUUAGUAUAGUAGAUGGAGCUGUAAAGCAGGAAGGAAUCACCAGCUGUCUUGGUGAUGACAUAUUUAAUUCAAAUGUGAUGUGCCCGCACUGUGAUUUCAAAUGUGCUGAUGGUGCCGUAUUGAAGAUUCACUGGGAAAAUAAACAUUCACAAGAGGUUCCAGCUGCUGUUCCUGAAAAUAUGCCUUCUUCAGAAGAAAUCAGUGUUAGCUAUUCGGUUGGAAACACAGGCAAUGAUCUUAAAAGCAAAACAUGUAAUCAGCUUUUCCUCUCCUGCUCUGACACGGGAAAACACAUAGCAGAAAGCCACUCCAGACAAUCCAAAGAGCAAACAUGCCCUCGCUGUAGUUGCGCAGCAGAACACAGCUCAGCAUUACACACGCACACUAAACAGGAUUGUGAGAAAUCCAAGGUAUUUUGUUGUGAUCUGUGUGGUUUUCAGAGCGUUGAGGAAAAUCUCCUAAACUCUCACUUGCUUGGCAAGACGCACCUUCGACGCCAAAACCUUGCUGCGCGGGGAGGGUUUGUACAGAUGCUGACCAAAAAAUCCUUUAAUAAACAACAAUCUGCUGCAGGCAGAGAGAGGACUGUGAGAAUGAAACCCGGGACCAGUAAAUUAAGGAUAAGGCCUGCUGAUAAAAAAGAACUAAGCAAUGUUUGCAGUGCUUUGAAAGGCUCCAGAAGAAGCUUGUCUAAACAAAAUGAUGGUACUGACCUUGUUGAAGUACCGUCUUUGAAUGCUCCUACUGAAAAGCCAGCUACUAUGACAAAGGAAAUGUUACUUCCUUCUGGUGUUGAAGAAAAUCAUGAAGUCCAUACUGGAAAGCUAGAAAUGCCAGGACCCUCAAAAGGCAUUUUGCCUGAAUUGGAACACUCUCCAGCAGCCAAAAAGCUAGUUAGCAAUUUAAACUUGACAAGGAGAUUUGAUAGACCAGAACAUAAAAGAAACAUUGUAUUGCUGAGGACUUCAUUUGGGCGAAGUAGUUCUUUUAGAUUAAAAAGGCAAGUUAAAAGAAGAUAUAAUUUGUUGGGGAGCACUAAGAAAGGCGAGUGUGAUCCUCCGAGAGUACAUGUGAAGCCUGUCUCCAGCACACAGCUUAAAGCUGGGGAUUCAGGACCUACUUGGCAUACAGAAUUAGAAACGCGUGAUAAAAAGCAAUAUGAAUCUACUUCAGGAAUUCAAGAUCUUACUCUAGAUAGGUCAAAUACACUUCCUUCCAGCACUACGGACACAAAAAAUUCUCAAAUUAAACUUAUUGAUGAUCAUAGUGUUCAUCAUACUUGCAGUUACUGUGAUACUGUUUUCCAGAACAGAAAAAGUUUGGAAGCUCAUGUUGUAAAGCUUCAUACAAAAAAAGUGCAGUUUCAUUGUCAGACAUGUAGUUAUUCCUCUCUAGUCAAGGAGGACGUGCAGCAACACUGUCAGGACAGUAAACACCAGGUGGGAGCCUGCAGCUUUAGUUGUCAGCUUUGUUCAUUUACUUGCUUGAAUGUGAUAAACCUUCAAAGCCAUAUGCGUGAGGAGCAUGGUAUGUCCCAUAGUUGUCCGAGUUGCCUUCUCUUUUUUCUAACGGAAGAAGAGCUGGUAAAUCAUCAAAAACAUGAGCAACAUGAUCAGCCAGCUACUCCAUUGAAUAACAGUGAUGUGUCCUUGCAAGUGGUAACUUAUGCUGCCUUAGAAUCAAACAACAGUCAAAAACUUGAACAGGAUAUGGAGGUGUCAAUGAAAGAAAAAACCCCAGACUCCUUCCUAGCGAAUCAUAGGAAUGAACUGAAGCAUUCUGUUCUGAAUAAAACCCAGUUUCAGUGUAAGAAGUGUUUUUAUAAGACAAGAUCUUCCACGGUUCUUACGAGGCACAUAAAGCUCCGCCAUGCACAGGAAUAUCACUUCCUUUGCAAAGCGUGUAAUCUUUACUCGCUGAGUAAGGAGGGAAUGGAGAAGCAUAUCAAAAGAAGCAAGCACCUUGAAAAUGCCAGGAAAAAUAAUAUUGGGUUACGUUUUGAGGAAUGUAUUGAAAGGGUCUGUGUUGGUGUUGGUGGUAUGAGAACAGUGAUGGAGCCUUCUAUUUCUGGGAGUGUGAAUGCUGACUUAAGUAAAGAACUUAUGCAUGUAUCAUCCUCUACUGGGGAAAACAUAUCAAGAAAUAAGGAACUGGUACCAGCUGAUGAAAGAAUUGGUGACAAUGAACUGGUUUUAGCUAAUGCACCGAGGAGAGGGAGACCCAAAGGCACUAUAUCUAGGACAUGCACUCACUGUGGUCUUCUGGCCUCCAGCGUUACAAAUUUGACCGUUCACAUCAGACGAAAGCACAGUCAUCAAUACAGCUAUUUGUGUAAGCUUUGCAAUUACUAUACCGUGACCAAAGGAGAUAUGGAACGUCACUGUGCCACCAAGAAGCAUAGAAGUCGUGUUGAAAUAGAAGGACACGGAAAACAGAACUCGGAGAUAAUUGUUAGCCCUGAAGGAGGUAAUUUUGAAUCUGGAAGCAAGAAAGUUAGUAGCCCUACGACUGUUUUGCAUGAACACGUUGACGAUGAUAGCCAGUCAUCAGAUGUGGAAAAUUCUGUUGUAGAAAAUCAGGAAAAUGACCAAGGAAACUCUGAGGUAAAAGCUGAAAAUGCCCAUCGGCUGCCAGAUCUGGAACAUACUCAAAAUUCUUUAAAUAUAAAACAACGUAUAUUUUUGGAAGCAGCUGGGGAUACCCAAGAGGGUGACCCGUGCUUACAGAGAAGAGCAGGGGGUGCAAGUGACAACAAGUGCAUACACUGCGACUUCGUUGCUCACUCUUCUUCUUCUUUAGAGCUGCACGUGAAACGAAAGCAUACGAAGCAAUUCGAAUACUACUGCAUGGCUUGUGACUACUAUGCUGUCACUCGCCGAGAGAUGAUUCGACAUGCAGCAACGGAGAAGCAUAAAAUUAGAAGAGAAACUUAUGUUUAUUCUGCUGGGGAGGAAGCAGACACGGCGAAUAUCGCUAAAGAAGCCACUGCUUUGUCUCAAGAGGAGUGUUAUCGUGGUCCAACACAAUUAGAAACUGGUUUAGAUGCAAUAAAAUGUGCCAAAGAUGCAGCAGAGGAUGAUCAUAUGAGUAAAAGCUUAACCGAGGGUUCUGUCUUAGAUGAAAAUGCAUCUCCAGAAAUGCCUCAAGAAGGCAGUUCCCAGAAUACAGUAGAAGCUGAACUUGAAGAGGAAUCUAAAAAUGGAGGCAAAAAUCGUUUUUGUGAAGCAUUCCAACAAGCUCCUCAGAAAGACCAAGUUGUUACGCUCGGUAAGGGGGUAUCAGUUAAAGAAGAAGAUGCUCAGCCAGAUCUUCAGGAGAGCAGCCAUGCUCAGGAGCUACCCCACUCAGGCAACCAUUGCACUGUAGAAAAUCAAAAGGGGUCAGGUGACACAAACGAGAAUGCAGGAAAGGGUGAGGAAAGCCUGGAAGCAAGCAGAGCAAACCCUGGAGCAGAAUGUAGAAACACAGACGUUCUCGAAGAAAUACACCUAAAAGAAAAUAAUCCCCUUGGGCUGACUCUUACAGAAACAAGUAAUGCAGUAGAGCAAUCAAAUUUUGCUGAAAACAUUGGGGAAACGGUACAAAAUAUACAUAAAUUAGAGGGCGACAGAAGUUUUGAAGAGGAGCCUACUGGGGAGGAGGAAGAAGCCCUUAUGGAAGCACAACAUGAAGCAGAAGUAACUAUAAAUAACAAUGUUUGGGAGGCAGAUGGCUCGGCAGCUGAGGGCAUGCAAGAAAGUAGUAAUGAGGCUUUGGGAACAGUUAUCAGUGCUGAUGAUAAAGGAAAGAUGCUGCCGAAUUUUGGCAAGUUUGAUUCUUCCAUAGUAAGAUUAAAAGGCCAUCAGGAUGGGGAGCCUGCUGACCAGCCUGAAGAAGGGCAGCUGCCGGGCGGAGGGAAAGCUGGCGAGCUCCCCACGAGGGCAGACACGUCACUGAGCAGUGCGAAGAAGAAGAAAUCGGAAGGAAUUUCCCCCGGGGAAUCGACACGUAUUCGCUGUGAUGACUGUGGUUUUCUAGCAGAUGGUUUGAGCGGACUAAAUGUUCACAUAGCCAUGAAACAUCCUUCAAAAGAAAAACAUUUUCACUGUUUGCUCUGCGGAAAGUCAUUUUACACAGAGAGCAACCUGCAUCAGCACUUGGCCAGUGCCGGGCACCUGCGAAACGAGCAGGCGAGCGUGGAGGAGCUGCCCGAAGGAGGCGCCACUUUCAAAUGCGUGAAGUGCACGGAGCCCUUCGACUCAGAGCAGAACCUCUUCCUGCACAUCAAAGAGCAGCACGAGGAGCUCCUGCGGGAGGUCAAUAAGUACAUCGUGGAAGACACGGAGCAAAUAAACAGAGAGAGGGAAGAGAAUCAAGGCAACGUCUGCAAGUACUGCGGGAAGUUGUGUAGAAGUAGCAAUUCCAUGGCCUUCCUAGCUCACAUCCGCACCCAUACAGGAUCAAAGCCAUUCAAGUGCAAGAUAUGCCACUUUGCAACAGCUCAGCUCGGAGAUGCCAGAAACCAUGUCAAGAGGCACCUUGGGAUGAGGGAAUACAAGUGUCAUGUCUGUGGGGUGGCCUUUGUGAUGAAGAAACAUCUGAAUACUCAUCUACUGGGCAAGCAUAGAGUUGGCACACCGAAAGAAAGGUAAAUAAAGUCUUCUUAUUUUGCCUCAGCUCAUACACACAGAACUUAG